AUGAAUUAAGACGGAUUCGAAAAUUUUGAUGAAGAUAUAAUAAGCAGUAGGCCCUUAGAUCAUUUUCAUUAACAGAAUCAAGCACCUCAAUUAAAGAAUUUCAAUUUUCUAGUUGUUUAAAAAAUGAAUGUUGAGGGACCUAGCAUAAUGCAAAAGUACAUCGUCGAGCCACUUUAACAUGCCGGCUAGACAGCAGUUGAAGGCACAAAAAAUGCCCUCUUUCAACUCCCGAAAUGGUUUAAAUGGGGUGCGUCUGAAUUAAUCAAUAAAUUAUCAUCUUCUUUCCAUAGAGCUCCAGAAGAAACACAACCAGAACCAGAGCAGAAAUAACAAUAACCUGAAAACCCACCUCCCGAAGAUAAUAUUGAUGAUAUUCCUGUUGUUUUUGUUGUUCCUAAGGAAAUUUUGGAAGGACCAAUUGCUGAUAGAUUGAGAUGGAUCGAUAAACACAGGGAUAACUGCGAAGUUUUCAUUCCUCUAGAAAAACCAUUAAAAUUGAACAAUUUCAAUGGAAUUCACAGUUCCUCGUCUUCCUCAAAUAGUCCUGACGAUUGUGACUUCGAAGUUAGAAGAAUUUCAUAAGAAUUUAAAUCUUAAUACACUGUCUCUGAACUGUUCCCAUCUACAUAAAGUAUGAAGUCAAAAUUAAUGGAAUCAAACAAGAAAUUCAUCAUGUCUCAAGAUGAUUAUAGACUUUUAACUUAAUAGAAUACUGAAAAUUAAAAUUAAGUUGAACCCUAAAAUAUUUUACUUUAUCCAUUUUUAGGUGAUUUGAUCCCAAAAGAAUAGGUUUUAGAACAAAUUAAAAAGUUCUAAUUUUAACAAUCAUCUUUUACUAUGAUUUAACCAGAUAUGUAAUAGAUAUAAACUGAAUAAAUUCCUUAAUAGAAUCAAUUAAAUUAAAAUACUCAAAACUAAUUUGUUCCUCUCUAAUUGAAUGGUUAACCAUUUGAAAUUACUUAAUAGCAAUAAUAAUAAUAAUAACAAUAAUAAUAAUAAUAAUAACAAUAACAAUAAAAAAAAUAAUAAUAUAUAUAAAUAGUACAAUAGGAUUAAGAAGAACAAUUAGAAGUUAUGUUAGAGGGUUGA